CGAGCCGGGCGCCCCAUCCACCUCUACGGGCGGCGGCGGCGUAGCAAGGUCAGUGAGAAAUGGCGCCGCCCGGGUCGCGCCGGUGGGCGUACGUGCGGAUCAUGGCCGGCACCAUCCUCGGCGGCGGCCUCGGCUUCUACGUCAUGCACCGCAUCGAGACCUCCUACAAGGUGAGGAUGGAGGAGAGGCUGCGGAGGUACGAGGCGCACUUGCUCGCCAAGGAGAAGGAGGCGCAGCAGCUCCAGGACGAGGGGCGCCGCGAGGACCAGGCGCAGGUCUUGCCGGACUCGUGAUUUCCUCUCAUCCUGUUGUUCCGGCUCGCCUUCCCGAGCUGUUAGAACAUAAUCUAGCGGCUCAAAGCUUCUUGAGAGGUGUGCCUCUUGCGUCUAUGGUCGUUUUGUGAACAUGAAGAGAUAAUUUUUCUUCCCCUUUUCUUUGUGGAGAAAGAGUGUGCACCAGUUGGAAGUUGAGCCUAACUGCAACUCUGCAAGUACUGUAAGAUUCGGACCCUGCUGUGUGAAAAUGGAUCGUAGCUGUAUGAGUAUGCUUCGAGGGCAAUUCGGAGUAUGUUGUAACCUUCCAAAAGCGUUUCCUCUGUGUGCUC